AUGUCUGACACUCAAGAGAAAGCCCUAUCCGGCCGUAUCAACUCCCUCACGAGCCCAGGAUGCUACUCUCAGGGGCCGAAGAAGAACUUCUUCAUCUGGUCUGCCUUGAACCUGGUCACGCUCACACACGCGUUUGAGUCAACUUGCCUCUGCGUUACUCUUCCGAAGGUCGCUAGGGAACUCGAUGCCUCCUUGUCUGAUAGCCUCAGCUUUGGGAGCUGCUUCCUCCUGGCCAUGGCCCUGAUCCAGCCCUUUGCGAGCGAACUCUCCUCCAUCGCUGGCCGGAGACCAGCGCUGCUCCUGGGAAUUUUAACCUUCAUGGUUGGCGCCGUCAUCUGCGGCUGCGCCCAUACUCCGGCCAUGCUGCUAGUAGGCCGCGCGAUUCAAGGCGCCGGUGCGGGAGCUACCGAGCCUAUCAAAGCGCUCAUCUUCUACGACAUCUACGGGCAGAGAGAACGUGCGAAAUGGGUCGCGUUCAUCAAUGUCUCCUGGGCGAUUGGCACAGUCUCCGGACCCCUCCUCGGCGGAGUGUUCACUAACAGCAAUACGAUGACCUGGAGAUGGGUCUUUUGGAUUAACCUUCCCUUCCUCACGUUUAGCUUUGUGGCUGCCGCAUGCUUGCUCGGAUACGAUACACCACAACAAAUCCCCUGGGAGCAAAUCGCAACAGUGGACUGGGGAGGCCUGUUCCUGUUUGUGGCAUCGGGGGCCUCCUUUCUGAUACCGCUCACCUGGGCUGGGUCCCGAUUCUCUUGGGCCUCGUACCAAGUUAUACUGCCGCUUGUACUCGGCGUGCUUGGCUUGGUGUCUCUGGGCUUCUACGAGAGACGAGUUGCGAGCAGACCCAUCUUCAAACCAUCCGUCUUCCGGGAGCUCUCGACAUCCAUCUCGUGUGUGAACAUUGCCUUGCAUGGCCUCCUCAUGUGGAUGUUGCUUUACUACAUGUCCAUCUACUAUCUUGGCGUCAAGGACUAUGACGCUUUCACGACUGGGCUCUGGGGGUUACCCGCCACUCUGACGGUGGCUCCUAUGUCCAUCAUCGUAGGUAUCGUUGUAGGGAAGACUGGUCACUACAAGUCUUUCCUGUGGGCUGGGUGGUUGCUGACCAUCCUUACCUUUGGGCUCCUGCACCUUCUCAAGGCGAACUCCUCUUAUGUUUUCCUGGUCCUCACUACCUUGGUGGUGGGAAUCGGCUUCGGAUCCCUCGUACCUGGAAUGGCGGUGGGAAUCCAAGGUAACGUCGACCGUGAGGAUGCCGGCCACGCCAUCUGCAUGACCUUCUUGAUGAGGCCGGCAGGGCAGUGCUUGGGCAUCGCCGUCGGCCUUGCGGUGUUCACCUCACGCCUGGAGCAGCUCUUGGUGGCCCAAGGGUAUCCGGCUGCGCUGGCACAGGGUCUGAUGAAGCACGCACGAACAGGGAUGGGGCGUGAGAGCGAUGAAAUCCACCCUUUCCUGCUGAAAGAGAUCUCGCGUAUCGUUGACUGUGUCAUGGAGGCGCUCCAGGGUGUUUGGACUACGGGUGCGGCGAUUGCAGGUUUUGCGAUGCUUCUCACGCUCUGCAUCAAGACCCCCAGGAUCAAGAAAGACGACCAGAUAAAGGGGCCUCAUCCAGGAGGCGGCGUGGAGAGCGCCAUCGUCGAGACUCCUCAAGGUCGAGGCGGUGGUGCCCAGACUGAUAGGGUUCCCGUUGCAACAUAG